CUUGUUACGAUGAGCAUAUAAAAUCAGCCAGCCCAGGGGGUUUCAUCCUCAGUUUAUUCCGGAGAGUCGAUUUUGUAAGUCGAGAGACCAUCGAAAUUUCCCCCACUUCUUUUUCUACCACCAAUCCAACAGCCUUGUUUUGGAUCACGCGAGGGUAUGGUGACAAGUCGCUCAGUGAUAUCUUGGUUAUGCUUGGUAACAAUCAGUGCGAAUUUGAUUCUGGCCAGUCCGUUGUCGCAUGGCGGUAGCACCCAACACGAUGGAUUAGACUCGAAACUGGCUAGCAACCCCUCUUCCAAUGAUUUAUUUUGGGCGAAUAGGGGCAAGAAAUCGGACAUCCCCGAAAACAUCAUUGAAACCGACAUGGACGUCCCGUUGAGCAAGUACAGGCAAAGACGCAGUCUCAAGGUUUUGAGGCCCAACUCUUUCAUGAAUCUCUACGUGCCCAAGGAAGCACGAGGCAAGCGAGGCAGUGGAAGUUUAAGAGCUCUCCGACCCAAUAGCUUCCUCUUCCCUUCAAUGCACAACGAAAAGCGAGAUGGGCCCCUCUUCAAUCGACCCAACAGCCACUUGUUUCCUUUUAUGAAAAGUCAGGGCAAACGAUCCGGCGAUCUCCGAAGCAUGCGCCCCAACAGCUUCCUUUUCCCCAUGCCCAAGCGAUCUUCGACCUUCUUUGCGGGCCGUGGGAAAAAAGACGAUCCCGAGUGGAACAUGAAGAAUGAGGAUAUGAGCACGUUCUUCGCGGGCCGUGGUCGCAGGUUCGAUGAGGAGGACGACUCACUGGAGCAAAUUGCUGAGGAUUACGACCAAAACAUGGACGAUAUGAACAUGAUCAAAAGGGACUACAACGACGAAGAUGUCAUGGGAUCAUUUUUCGCGGGUAGGGGCAAGAAGAGUGGGUCAUUUUUCGCCGGACGAGGAAAACGGGAAAUCGCCAAGAAGGACGCCGAUGAAGAUCUCACCUUUUGGGCUGUCCGAGGUUAAACAACAUCUCUGUCCGACCUCUUUGUUAAAUGCUUUGAUGUACUCUCGUUAGAGAAGAGAGCCUUAUUGUUUUUUUUUUGAGAGUGCAAUGCCAAAGGAAAGCUGUAAUAAUUUGAAUCAAGUUAAUUUGUUGCUUCACGAGCUCCUGUUACUUAUUGUGCUUGACAAGUGAAUAACUCAAGUGAAGAUUGUUAAAAUGUGCAUCGCUGAAAACAAUGUGAACUACCUAGUAUUUGCAAAUCAGUCAAGUCUUCAGGGUCAUUUAUUGGGGAGGAUGAAUGAUCCUUAGAAACUUGCACACAACUGGAAUAGUGUUCUGAUUACCUCAAAAAUUUCUUUACUUAAGGGGACUUUUCAAUGCUCAUCAUAAGUCAAGAAAUUGCAGUUCCAUCUAGUUUCUUUUCCAAAAUGAGCACAUCCUGCAUUCAUGUGUGUGACGAAUACUUCUUUCGAAAUAAACAAGUUUAUCUUGGGAAA